GCGAUUUCUCGACAUCAUUGAAGUUUUGAAGCGUUGCGGCCAUCGAUCAUCCAACAAUUGCUUCCACCAACCCUGAAAUACCCGAUAAACACACUUGAACAAUUCCAAACUGGACAGUAUAUUCGAUCGAUCUUGAAGAGUCAGGAAAAGUACAACACACCUCGGACAUGGCGCGAUCAGCAUCAGAUGCCACUCGCUUCACGGCUACCACACCGUACGCCAGUGCCAAACCUCAGGGCCAGUUCACACCCACUCCAGUGCAGAUGGGUCAUGGCGCACCUUCCGGAGAGACACCCCAGCAAAAGAUUGCAAGAUUAAGAGCUGCUGCUUCAAGAGCACGAACGGGCAAGGAAUCGACUUUCGAUGCGAUCGUUAGAGUUGGAAGAAGAUGGGCGGACAGAGCACACAGAUUGACUGCCUAUUCACUGAUAGGUUUGACCGUCAUCUCCGGAGUAACCGCAUCCUUCGCAAUCGGAGACAUGCUCAUGCACAACCGCCGCAAGCGUAACGAAUGGCUCGCAGACCAACACGCCAAACACCAAGUCAAGGUCAACGAAGCCCGCCUAGCCUUUAACCAAGGCCUCGCCGAUGAAGACCAGAUCCUUCUCCUCAAUCAAGAGCGUACCAAAGUCGAAGCCGCAGAACUACAAAAGAACAGACCCGGCAUGAUCAGCCGCAUCUUCUCCUCAGCACCAAAGGAAGAACAGCAAGGAGGAAACUUGGGUGCUGCCGCAAGAGCUGCUGCGUCAGAUGCUGCGACAGAGAUCAAGGAGACUGCGACUGCUGUGAAGGAACAGGUCAAGGAUUUGGGUAUCGUCAAGGCUGUGGAAGACAAGGUCGAGGAACACAAGUGGCAGAAGCCUCAAACGGUUGGUGCAGAGGCUGUCGUCGGAGGCCCGCUGGACAGAGAAGCCGCUGCGUCGGUGCUGGCAGUACAGGAAAAGUCAAAGAGUUGGACAAACUGGCUGUUGAGGAGAUGA